AUAGCAGCAGGGGGCUGGGCUUGCGGAGACUUUCGGAGUUUGUGAGAGAGUUGAAAGAAAGAAGAAAGAGACGUAACUGAAGCUAGCUCGCAAGCUAGCUGAAUGUCCUCCCGUGUCGCAGAUGUGUCGAAAGCCACGGGAAAGGACGGAAUGUGGGGGGUUGGAUAUAUAAAACAGGGAAUGGGGUUGUUUGUAAGUAACGCGGUUAUUGGACCGAUCGGUUCGGUGACAGUGGAGGCAGCGUUGACCGAGACUCGGCUGCCUUGUGUAGGAGUGAACAACCAGAGUUACUUCUGUGAUUCGGGCCACUGCUGUGGAGAAUCUCAGUGUUGCAGCUAUUACUACGAGGUGUGGUGGUUUUGGUUGGUCCUGACUCUCAUCAUCAUUGUGGGCUGCUGCUGUUUGUGCCACCAUCGUCGAGCCAAACACAGACUGCAACAACAGCAGCGGCAGCAUGAGAUCAACCUCAUUGCUUAUAGAGAAGCCCAUAAUUACUCCUCUCUACCCUUUUAUUUCAGGUUCCUGCCUGGCUACCUCUUACCAGCUUAUGAGGAAGUUGAGAACAGACCACCGACACCCCCGCCUCCAUACAGUGCCUCUCAUCCAGGCCAGUCCACCAGCAUUGACCCCAUGUGCUCUGAACAACCAGAAGAGCUCUGCCCUCCCCUGCAGUCUAGCCCCGUCGUCCCGUCUGCAUCUGAGAACUGUUCCCCGGGACCCUGUGUAGGGCAGCCAAAUACUCCCACUGCACACCGACCUUUCGGAAGCACCUACAAACCACAGUACCUCAGCCGAGAAGAGGACGAGCAGCCCCAGGAGGUGGCGUGUGCUACCUCACACAGCCCCAUCAAACAGGGCAGCUCCGUUGAGGAUCUGACUGAACCCGUAGAAGACUGUUCUCCCGACAGCAAAGACAAGACUCCAGGACGCCACCGGCGCUUCACAGGUGACUCUGGGAUUGAGGUAUGCGUUUGCAACCAGGGGCCCGGGGAUGGAGAGGAAGAGGAGGAGAUGAAAGAGCUUGUAGGGCACAUGGAUGGAGGGGCGCUUGAGGAGCAGGACUUCUGUGAAAGCUGCAACCUCCAUGGCAGCAGCCCUCCUCGUGGUCCAGGGGAUGAGGAACAGGGCCUGGCUGCCUCAGACGUGCCUCUAGAGCACAGAGAGCAUCAGCGGCCUCCAGUCUGCCUCCAUCUGCACACCAUCAACGAACAGGACGGUCCGCAUCACGUCAGCAACACAGACCCCCAGAGUUGAGCACAACCGGUUCCAGCAGAGACUUACUUUAGACUGCUGUCUCCCUUUACGUUCUUGAGAUACAUCAGUUUGUACUGUCAGCAAUGCCACUUUGGUUGUACUUUGAGUGUGUCUGUGUGAGAGUGAGAGAGAAAGAGAUGGAUAGGGAGGGAGGGAGGGAGAAGGAGAGUUUUAAAAGGGUGUUAAUGUGUGAGUCCUCGAGGUUUUAUGGAUUAAUAGGGUAAUCUAGUAAAGUCUGUUGCCUCACAGAGAGAUCACAAUCAAAGCCACAGGGGAAAUUCAACUUAGUUUAUAGCCUUAUUGAGCUCUGGGUGACAUGCCUGUAGAUUUGGAAGCUUACAUUGCUUUUUGGCUGAUUUCCUCCUACUGAGAUGAAGAUUGCACACAAGAUCAGGGGAUAUUGAUUUGUGCUGGCUUUUGCUCCUGAGUUCUUACCUGUAAUGUCAUUUUAAAAUACUUAAAGGGACAGUCCACCCAAAAAUGAAAGAUCCGUCUUUUAGUCUCUCUUAAGGAAUUCCAAAUACACAAGACAUUUGUUCAUGUUUAAAACACAAGUGAAGAUAUUUUUAAUUAAAAAAAUGAGAUCCAUUUAAAAAAAAAAGCAUAUUCCACUAAAAGUGGGUGCUUUGAAAAGAUUGUAAAAUAAAUCCAUAUGCACAUGCAUAGAGCACAUCAAAUAUGGUAAAUAAAGGAUGAAACGCAUGAUGCACGAGAACCAGUGAAGUUCAAGCAAGUACAGUUGAAAUUAUUCUUCCACGUUUCUUGUUAAAUAUGAAUAAAAGCUUGAAUCAAAUCUGUUAAUUAUAUAAGCCAAUUAUGUCUCUUCAGAAGACUUUGAUUAAACCACUUGAUUCAUAUGGAAUCAUUUAUGAUCUUUUUGAAGCAUCAAUAUUCAUGUGGAAGUUCGUAGGGGGUACAGAAAUAUUGCAGGUUUGAUUAAAAGUAAUUGAUAACAAUUUUCAUUUUUUGGUGGAUUAUCCAUUUAAGAUCAUAAUGUGCAUGAAAAAAAAAUGGAAAAGACAGCCACAGAGCAGUCUGUUAAAACUUCAGAGCUUUAAUAUUCAUUUGUUGUUUCUGGUUUUUAUCACUUGUCUUUUUUCUGAAAAUGUUUGAUCUGGAGUAUCUGCAUGAUGCUAUUCAGAACAAUGAAGGAAAGCAAUUAUCUCAAAUAUAUAUUUUUUGUCUUUUUGUAUCAAUAAGUGAAUGUGCUCCCUACUUAGCAGAGUAUGGUUGCCAUUUUGUUUAUUUUGUCUCAUCUUUGUAUAACAUUGUCUUGGGCUUUAUCCAAUGUUUUGCAUCAUUAUUUGCUUAAACUGAAUACAUUCACAUGCUAUAUACUGUUUUGAACUCCAUUAUGCAAAGACUCUUCAAAUGAAGGCUGAAAAUACCUUAGUAUAUAGAUUGAACCCAGCUUGUACAUUUACACUCGGUGCCUUUGUUGAUCUAUGUAGUUUUCAUAUGCCUUAAAAAGAAGAGUGUGUCUCGUAGUUUUGAUUUCUGCAUAAAAUAAGGGCCAGUAUGAGUGAAGAUUUUGCUCAGUGGUAACGUCUUCUUUGAAAGGAUAACUUGAUAAGCCUUCCAUCAAAACCUAAAAGUUAAAACGUUUUUUUUUUUUGCCUUAAUUUAAUUUCUAUAUUCUCCCAUAAUGCUUUUAAGUUGUUUUUGUAUCUUAACACUGUAAGGGAACUCUUGCACCACUAACAUUAACUUAUGUAAAGGCCUUAUUAAAUAUUUUAAUGUGCAUUUUGUUGUAGCAGACCAGGUAAGGUUACUGUCAUAUUAGUGUAGCACUUAAGUCGGGUUCAUGAUGAGAUUGAGAUUUUGUGUUUCUGUGGCAGUGAGACUGAAAGCUGCUCCACUACACUUCACUUCCCUACACUGUCUGAGUGUGUGUGUGUGUGUGUCAUAGUAGGAUGCUUUAAGUGGAUCGUUCUUCAGGCCACUGUGUUUCUUUGACCUUUGGUUUAGAUUAGCAGUUGUAGGCAUCCUUUAAUAGUCUUAGCUUGGGCACAGAUGGCUUUUCGGCUCUGUUGAUUUUCAGAUCAGAGUGUUCCUUUGUAAAUGGUAGCUAAUUUUCUAUCAGAAGUGAUGUGGCCGGUAAAUUAAGUUCCUAGUGUUGGCUGGAAGAAGAAAAAACGGUUCGGGAGGUAGAAUUUCAACAUUUACGUGGUGCCUUCAGAAAUAUUUUGAUAGCAGUAUUGUUUGGCAAAACUAAAAUUGAGCAUUCUGAAUGAUUUGGACCAGUUAUAGCAUCAAAAUUAUUUGACCGAUUAAGUGAAGCUUGAAGCUACAAAGUCAACUAUCUUUCUGUAGUUCGAGUCGCCAUUGUUUUCUAUCGUCUUUUGAUGUUUGAGACCAAAGGUAUUGAUUAAAAGUGGAAAUCUGAGUCACUGUGUUGGGUAGCUCACUGUGAAUGAGAUGUUCAUUUGUUUUGCCUAAAAAAGUUGUCAUUGCACUGUUUUGACACUGAGCAGUGAGUGUGUGUGUGUGUGUGUGUGUGUGUGCGGGCUUGAUGGUGACAAAGGCUUUGCAAGCCAACUGCUUUUUUUCUCUCUCUUAAUCUUUGAUUCAAGCCUGGUACUAUGUUUUAGUUUUGUAUCCAUAGUCACUUUCUUUUUAUAUAUGAAACUGUCUUUUCCGCAUUUUAUAAGAAGACUCAACCAAAUUAAAGAGUAUCAAAGAAUGUUCCAUAUUAAUAAAGAAAAAGCUUUGAAAGCCUGUGGA